UUUGCCUGCCGCUGGGGCAGCGUGGGGCGAGAGCUGGGCAGCGUGGGGCGAGAGCUGUGCCCUGCCGGGGAGCGAGCUGCCGGCCAGCCCCACGGGCAGCACUGCCAUGGCCCGGCGGGAGCGGGAGCAGGGCUCGGCAACGCAGAAGGUAGCUGGCAUCAUCCGGACAUUCACCUUCCUGGAAGCCACCCAGCCCCAAGCAGGGAGCCUAGCCCGCAGCUCCCAUCUCUGGCCGGCCGCCACAGGGAGUAGAGAGCGUUUCCAUCCGCUGCAGAAGAUGGACACCAACAGGAGCAUCAGCCGGGGAAGCCAGGGCCUGGGGAGCUGGGGUAGGACAGCAGGUAGGCUCUCUCUCGGCCCUGGCAGUGCCCGGAGGAAGGAGCUGAAGGAAAUCCUCCUGCAGAGCAAUAGCCCCAGCAGCACCAUGCGGUUUGCCACCGCUCAGAAGACAUCCAACAGCAGCAGUCUCCUUGCAGGGCCGCACCAAGAGCCAAAACCCGAGCAGAGCCCUGAGGUGCUGUCCCUUGCUCUGGAUCCCCUGGAGCACGAGUGGCUGCUGACGGUGGCCCAGGGCGAUGCAGACAAUAUCAUCAGGCUGCUGGACCUGGAUCCCAGCCUGCUGACCAGGAAAGACUUUGUGACGGGCUUCACCGCUAUCCACUGGCUUGCCAAGCAUGGCCACCAUGAGAGCUUCAUCCAGGUCAUCUCCCACGCGCAAAAGAGGGGCUAUCCCGUCGACGUGAACAUCCCCACAGCCAGUGGUGGGCUCACCCCCUUGCACCUGGCUGCCCUGCAGGGACACGAGCUGCUCAUCAAAGUGCUGGUGGGAGCUUACGGAGCAGACACCAGCCGCAGGGACCACAAUGGGCGCAAGGCUUGGCAGUACCUGAGGGCAGACACCUCCAGGGAGCUGAAGGAGCUGGCGGGGGCCUUGGAGGAGGACUUGGUCCAGCUGCACUCUUACAACACCAACAACAACUGUAAGUCAUCCAGAGAGGCCAGGGCAGGGCAGGACUGUGUGGACUCCGGGGCUGAGGGGAAAGCCCAGCGUUCCUGGAGCCUGUCAACCCUCCGGGACUUUGUCAGGCAGGCAUUUACUUUCUUCCAGGAGCGCUGAAGCUCCCCUGGCCCCAUUCGCCUGCAAACCCACGCUGAGCAGCAACCAGAAAAGCUUGCAGGGAGCUGGGAAUUUGGCAAGGGCUGGCACUUGAAAUCCCGGCCACGUGGGGAUUAACCCCCUGCACGGGGGCACCGCGGCCACCCUGGGUCUCGCAUGGUCUUUUGGGGCUGUGCUGGUGUGAGUGUGUGUGGGGCCACCACAGCCAUGGGGAGCACUGCCUGGGGACAGCCCUUCCAAAAAACCGCCCAUCCCUGGAGGGGGUUUCACCCCCUGCCCCUGCUGAUGGGGACUCCUUGCUGCAGCCCAGCAAGGACCCACAGUAGGGGCUCACGUGCCGGCCCUGCUGCUUCCCGACACCCCGCGUGCCCAUGGGGGGAUGCUGACCCCCCACGGGAGCUGAUGCACCACGCUGGGAGCUGGGGGUAGGUGUUUGGGCUGCCCAUCCCAGGCUGCCAGCAGGCUUUGCGUGUGACUGUAGGUGUGUCACACAGCGACUCGGUGACUUGGUUCUCCCACCUGUAAAAUGAGGCUGUUGGCACUGCCGUGGCUCCCAGAAGUGCUGCGAGGUUGGACUGGUCAUGGCACCUCGGGUGCCUGGAUAGAGACACUGACAGAAUAUCAAAUAUUUCACAAACAUACUCUGAGAUGCCAGAGACCUGGCACUGGACUGGCGAUGUAGAAGCAACUAUGGCUUCAGAAACAACCCCCCCACCCCAACACUUUUUUAUGUACGCUUCUCUGCCGGCAGGGAGAGCGGGUACAGACAAACAGACCAUGCCACCGAGCUGCAAACGCUUUCCGGCUCCCUGUGAGAUCCCUGGAUCUCUGCCACAUGCACUUCCUCUGGGCUGCUGGUUGUUUAUGACAGCUAAAGCUGUUUCUCAGUGAAGU